AUAAAAUAAUAUUUAUUUAUUUAUUGAGUAAAAAUAAAUAAAUAAAAUAAUAAAUUUACAUAUCUACACACGUUCUCCUCAACAUAUAAAAUCCAACCCCCACCUCCCCUCUUUCCCACAUCUCCUCCACCUCUCCUCCGCCGUACGCCACCGCCUUAAAAAAAAUGGCAAUCACGAAACGAAACUCCGGCGAACUGAAAACGCGGGUGAAUUGUUGUCUGAACAAACUUUCAGACAGAGACACGCUGUCAAUGGCGGCGAACGAGCUCGACAGCAUAGCCAGAGGGCUCGACGGCGAUGCUUUUGCGCCUUUCCUCAAUUGCCUCUCGUCGACGGAUUCGUCGGAGAAAUCACCCGUCCGCCGCCACUGCGUCCGUCUACUCAGCGUCCUCUCCGCCGCCCACGGCGACGCUCUGUCGCCCCACCUCUCGAGGAUGAUCUCCGCCGUCCUCCGCCGCCUGCGGGACCCCGACUCCUCCGUCCGCGCGGCCUGCGUCGACGCCGUUUCGUCGAUCGCCACCCACGUGAACUCGCCGCCGUUCGCGGUCUUGCUGAAGCCGCUCGUGGACGCGCUGUUCCACGAGCAGGACCCGAACGCGCAGAUCGGCGCGUCGCUCUGCGUCUCCGCGGCGGUUGAGGCGGCGCCGGAGCCGGACGCGGCGGAGCUGAGGAAGCAUCUGCCUAGGGUUUUGAAAUUGGUGAGGAGUGAUUGCCCGAAGGCCAAGCCGGCUCUACUGCUGCUCGUCGGCAGCAUCGUCGGCGCCGGUUGCUUGAAAAGUAAGAGCUUGUUGAGCUCCGUCGUUUCCACGGCGGUUGAGUUCUUGAGCAGCGAUGAUUGGGCUGCGAGAAAAGCGGCCGCCGAGGUUUUGGAGAAGGUGGCGUCGUCGGAGAGAAAUUUGGCGCCGGAGUUCAAGGAUUCUUGUGUUGCUGCUCUAGAGAGCAGAAGAUUUGAUAAGGUAAAACUUGUGAGGGAGAGGAUGAAUCAAGCAUUAGAUAUAUGGAAAGAUCUUCCCGGAAUAUCUGAAGAUUUGCCCUCGCCACAAGAUACAAGAAGCAGAGGAAACUCCCCUGUUGUACUUUCCGGUAAUAAUAAUAACACCGGCAUCUUCGAAACACCACAACCGAUUAAAACGGCAUUGACCAGGUCAACCCCGUCCACUUGUUCAUCCGCGGCCAACAAUGUUGAGAAGACGGUUAUCGAAAACAAAAAACCAUGUAUUAAUAUGAAUUCAAGGAAGAAUUUCGGGUCUCGUGUUGUUCCUUUUAACUGCAACGAGAAUUCCGAAAUCGGCGACGGAUAUGCAAUCAAAGAAAACGAGUACGAGGACCUCUCUCUGAUCCGAAAGCAGCUCCUGCAGAUCGAAAACCAGCAAUCCAAUUUGUUGGACCUACUCCAGAGGUUUAUCGGGAACUCGCAAAAGGGAAUGAGUUCGUUGGAGAAACGAGUUGACGGUUUGGAGAAGGUUCUAGAAGAGAUGUCGUCGCAUGGAUUUCCGAUAACAACGAGACGAAGGACUGUGUCCGGAGGGAAUAAUACGAACAAUACAUGCUGUAGUAUGAUACCGGGAGCCGAGUUUUUGAGUCCUAAGUAUUGGAGGAAAUCGGAGGGCCAAACGCAGCUUCAUUCUAAGUUCUCUUCUUCGACUUCUUCUUCGUUCAGAAAUUGAUUUACUACAAUUCGUCAAGGUUAUAUUAGUAAUUAAUAUAAUAUUGUUUUCUAUUGUGAUCAGAGCUAGAUAGUUCAAGUCUUUUUAGGAAUGUACAUAUAUAAGUACAAUUUUCUGUCUGUUUAGCGUUUACUACGAGAAGAAAAGCGUGCGGUGCGGGAAAAUAUGCCGCUUCGUUUUCCAUUUGUAUUUCACAGUCUCGAUAGUAAGAAAGGAUCAAUCUUUAAAAGAGUGUUCCGAUUUUCAUUUAUGUACUUGUAAGCUUCUCGGACAGUCCGUUCUAAGUUGAAAUGAUCCGAGUUUAUACAC